AUUUUUGUAAUAUGAUGGCUUGGCUGUAAACCCUCUGUACGCCAUUAUGGUGGAUUUUGUUUGUAAGGGCGGACCAAAAAGCACAUUGCGAAACUCUUGAAAAUAGAUAUGAUCCACCAUGAUUUAUGCUCUUAAGAAAAGAAGAGGAUUAAUGGUAUUCACGAAAAGUAACUAUAAAGGCUAUGCUGAAUGUACGGUUGGAGAAUAACCACUGUGAGAUAAUCCUAACCACAUGCCAUUGCAUCAGGCAAAAUUAGUUCACCUCUAUUUAAAGAAUUCUCAAAAAUACUGACUUUUAACAGUGCAUGUCUGCUCCACUUUCCCUAAGAGUAUGCUGUCUUGUUGCAAUGGCGCCUGCACUCACUGAUCCAGUGGCGACCCAGACCAAAUUAAAAAUAAAAGUCUUGGACCCAUCCUCGAGCCUGCCUUUAGGAAAACCUGUAGAGGUGGUGCACAAAGACAGCAUUGCCAUUCAUAAAGGGACACCAAACUGUAAAGUUACUCUGAAUUCUGUUUUAAAUUUGAAACAAAUUGAGAACAGUAUUCUUAAAACAGUUGGACUUAAUUCAAAGAUAAAGCAAAUCAAAAUUAUUCAGAAAGGUGCAAAUAGGAACAAAAACCCUGGGCCGCAGUUGGGGGUGGUGCAAAAUAACGAACAUUCUGGUGACCAGAAAAUGAACCAGCCCUUGGAAUCUGUGAAUGGAAUGCCGAAGGAGAAUGGUUUAAAAACAGCAAGUGAACUGAAAAAGUCCAUUGAAUUAAAUACACUGACAAAUCUAAAUGGUGAUCACAAUCCGGUAAACCAUACUUUGCAAAAUGGAGACCCAGAACAAACAUAUACAGUCAGUUCUGUACCAGACAUGGUGACGUCGGUUAAUUCUGGAACAGAGGUCGCUCGUGAUGACGUGUGUGAUGGUGCAGAUAUUGACACUGAAUUUGUUGACAUUGAAAACGAAGAGACUGAUCCCAUAAAGUCUGAAAAAGAACUAAGUGAGGAGGUUAGUGAAAAGCAACAUGUUUUGGAAAGACGAGCAGACAGACUUCUGAAAAGAUUACGUCGAUUACAAGGACGUCAGCUGGAGACGCACAUUAGAAAUCAAACCGGGAGUUACGUCAGCUUCCUUCAUCGCAAUCUCCAGUCUGUAGCACAUAGAUCAAUGGGAAUAUCCGGUCCAAAUUCAGAACUUAAAGCAGAACUUUUGAAAAGUGAAGAUGUGAAGAGUUUGUCCACUGCAGCCCUUGUGAAUUUGGUGAGAAGAAUUCAGUCCACACAAAAUCAGGCUGCGCUGAACAAGCGCAUCGCCACACAGAAAAAAGCUAAGGAGGAAAAGCCAUCUCAAAGUGUGUUGGUGAUAGACGGACAAAUCUGCAAAGAAGCCAACCGUGUGUCGGGGCAACUCCAAACCAACCUGAAUCACAUUCUGGACACUUUGGACUCAGACGCCACAGAAAGUAGUUCUGGAGGGGAAAGCUGUGAUGAAGAUGAUGAGUAUGAAAGAGAAAGAAAAAUCCCUCCACCACCAUUGCAUCGUCGGGCGGAGUGGAAGUGGGCAUCAGAUAGGGCAGCAGUGGCGUGUCGAUGGACAUGGUUACAAGCUCAAGUCUCCGAUUUGGAAUACCGAAUACGUCAACAAAGUGAUAUUCACAAACAAAUUAGGCAUAAUAAAGGCAGCGUUGUUUUGGGUGAACCUCCUUCAUUGGAGGAGCUAGGUGCACGCCUCAGGCAGGCUAGGGCAAAUGGAAAACUAUUAUCACCUAUAGAAACCAAAAUUGCCGAUUUUGAUGCAAAGAAUGUAUCAGGAUCCCCCUGCAAUAUAGCUGCUGUUAUGACCAAUGUUAAUCGUCAAGCAACAAAAUUAACACAAUCAUUAGGAAACUGUUUAACACCUAUUCAGUCUAACUUAUUGACAGAUAACAAAUUAAAAGACGGACAAGGUAAUUUGAAUGGUGUUGUCAAUUCCACGCAUCCAUCCUCUACAACGGAAGAAAAUGUGUCGGUGUUACCGGGUCCUUCCGGUGACACGUCGUCUGUGGAACAGUCUCCACCUUCAGUCCUUCUGGACGCUACCUGUCAGGCUGCCAGAUGCCGGCCUGUGCGUAGUUAUAGGAAGAGGAAAUUGUUACGGACUUCUGGCCUGCAUCAGGUCUCUCGUAAGGCCGCGCGCCUGUCCACGGUGAAGUGUCACUGUUCUCCGCCUUUCUCUUCGUGUCCCAUGUGUGGGGGGCGAUACAAUAAUUCACAGACUGUGGACGCUGACACCAUGCCGGUUAAUGAGAGAGUGUCCCUUCUUGAUCCAUCCUAUCACCCAGUUUUGUCUUUCAAUGAAGAAAUUCCACUGACGAUUCACUUUGAGGCUUUGCUGAAGAGUGGAGACUGGCAAAACAAACCACCACCGAAAGCUACAAAACUCCUGUCUACUGACAGAAAACGACAAAAGCUGUUGGUACCUUCUGUGCGAGGAAAAGUUAGAAAGCAGACAAAAUAUGCAAAGGGUGCAGCUACGGCAUUACUGGCUUCAGCAAAGCUGCGGAACAAAUAUGAGAGGAGAACUCCCACCAAAGGCAGACCAAGUCUGAAGUCCACCAGGAAAGUCUCGGAUCUCAGAAAGAGAAGAAUAAAUGACAGUCUUUCAAUUGCCCUGAAACAAGACAGUAUGGAUGAUGGACAUUUGUCUGGGCCUUCUGACUAUGAUGAUGAGGAUGAAUAUGCAAACUGUGGUCGUGAUACCCUCCUGUCUUCUAGCGGGGCUUCAGGGAAUUUCAAGGAACUGAAGGAUGCUACCAUGAGAAAGAGACGCUUAGAGAGUGCAUAUGAUAUUGACAACAUUGUCAUACCAUAUAGCAUUGCCUCAGCAACACGAGUGGUCAAAUUAGAGUACAAGGAAAUUGUAACACCCAAGUGGCGAGAUAUUACAGAGAAUUUUGAAGAAACGGACAAUACAGCAGAAGAUCCUAACAAGGAGGUCACAGAUGAGACUGAGAAUACAUCAGAUGAAUUCUUUGCUGCAAUGCAUGAUAUAUGUGAAAUCCAAGAGAGGAAGCGUUUCCAGUCUUUCAUAAAGUAUCCCAGUCGUCGCAGUCGAGGAUCAAGAAAUGAUUCAGGACCAUUAACUCCUGACACUGCAUCUACAGAGGUGGGCCUCAUCAAUGAAGGUAAUGACAGUGCACAGAAAAUCGAUGACGAUUCUCGACGUAGGAGCCACACUCUGUCCUCGAGUGGAGGCAGCCACACAAACUUAGCUGCCUCACUGAGAGAGGAAGUGUUCCGACGGCGGAGUAGUUCUGCAUCCUUGAGGAGGAACAGUGUCAGUGUAGGCACGGAUGAUAUGAGUAUGGACUAUGAUGACGGAGAGUUGGUGGAACCCUGGCCUGUCAGGUCUUUCCCACUCUCUGAGGAAGAGUAUGAAGAAAUGAAGGUGAGUGUCUCGCAACCUGAAGUAGAGACGUGUACCUACUUUACCCGGAAUAAAAUCUCAAGCAACUCAAUCGAUGGUCUGGAGGAGGAGACCAGUGUUAGUGAAGGAACAACGUAUGAUGCGGUGGAGACUCAGGUCAGUGUACCAGAGUCUCCUAACAGCUCCGCGGGGUCACACACUAGUGAGGAUCCCAACGAUCCGGAGUGGACUGUAGCAAAUAGUGAUAAAUUGGGGGACAAAAAUUUAGUUCGACUCGGUCGUAGGUGAUAAAAAGUUAAUUAUUCAGAAAAAGAUCAUGAAGAGUAAAUUGUUAGAUUUCAAUGUAGAUGAUAGAUUGUUACGUUUUCUUGUUUCUUUUGUCCUUUGAUAUUGUCCAGAGUUCAAGUGUGAUAUAUGUUUAAAUCACUUAUGAUGGAUAAUUCAAAUUCGGUAGUGCUAUUAAAGAAAAACACCUUCGUUACGCAUUGUCAAAGUGUGUUUAAGAUAUCUGAAUGUAUGAAGUAAUUAAGGUUCACUAAUUCAUUUAAAGUCACAGAAUUUAACCCAUCUUGCCUUGGAGUUAGAUACAACUGUUGGAACUUUUUUGUACCCAUACUUAAUAUUUGUUGGUUGUGUGUAUAUAUCGAUACAAAUUGUUUGGUUGAAUAUUUUAUCAAUUGUGCAAGAUCUGUUUAUUUUUUUCUUAAGGACAGGGUUAUCUCUUGACAAGAUAACAGAAUUUUUUGCUGUAUUGGGGUUUACUCUAAGGAAAAAAGUUUCAAAAAAAUCUCAUUAACGGACAUGUCAUUCAUAACAACCACCUCUUUGUUGCUCCUCUUGUAUAUAUAUGAGUUAUUUUGUAGCACACAGAUUUUUUUUGUAUUAUAAUCGUGUACAGAUUCUUUUUUAUUGAAGAAUUAAAUGAACAAGUUGGCCUCAUAGUGCUAUGAUAAAAACAUUUUUAUGACCAAUCAUUCAACAGAAUAUUGCAAUGUUCACUGUCAAUGAUGUAAGCACAUCUGCCAUGUAUUAGAUAACUUACAUUCCAUAAAAAUUGUCCCAUUUCAGUGCUGAGUAAUAAGAAUCAAAUAAGUGUUUCAAAAGAAUUUUCAAAAUCCUUUUCUUUAUUUUUUAAAAGCAUUUUUUUCUAGGGUUACAUUUAAAUCAUCACUGCCUUUUUAAAAUCAUGUUGCAGAAGAGUUGUCCUUCUUGAUCUUGUCAAAUCAUGGAAAACCUACAAUUUUUUGAAUUUCUUUGAAAGUGGUAUUGAAACACAUUUUGUUUGUUGACUUUAUCAGAAAACAUGUUUAUGUGACAAGUUGAUUACUUGAUCAAUAAUCAUCAAUUAGUCAGGAAUUCUUUUUAUUCCAAGAGAAUUAAAUCUGUUGCAUUUUUUUCUUUACUUAUUUUCCAUUUAGUUUUCAAUUCUAGUAAUGUUAUUUCUGGUGUACCAAAGUGAUUGGAUUUUUAGCUUAAGAUCAAACUACUUCAGUGGUAUGUAUGAUGGCUUCUUCAUGAAAACAAAAUAAAAACAAAGAAAAUCUUUAAAA